CAGUAUUGUAGAAAACCGGUAUGUUUGCUCUGCUGUAUUGCUGUGUUACCGGAGUCCCAAACACUUUAAAGGUUAAGAAAAGUCAGUUAGCCGGUAGCUGUUAGCAACAUGGAGCUAACUGGGAUGAAGCAGGUACCUGUUACAGUGUUGGCUGCAGUGACGGUGAAUCUCUGACUAUAUUUAACCUGCGCUGCUGCUGCUGCUGCUGCUGCUCUUCUCAAUGAGGUACAGAGGGGCUCAGCUCUGUCUCUGGGCUCAUGGCUCAUGCUGUCUGUCCCGCUCCUCACUGCCUGGCAGAAUGACUCAGGUUCGAACUUACAGUGCUCUCCGUCAGCCUGGCUCACCAUCACCACCACCACCCAACAGCCCUGCCCCUCCUGAAGGAAAAAGAGGAGCUGAGCUUCUAAAGGAGCGUGCCCUGGCUGCCUUACAGCACACAGGUGAGCUGGGGCGGCAGUGGGGUCAGAGGUCGGCUCAGGCAGGCACCGCCGCAGUCAACCAUUGGUGGGAGAAGUACGAGGAGUUUGUGGGGUUGAAUGAGGUCCGCGAGGCUCAGACAAAGGUCACUGAGGCUGAGUCAGCAUUCAUGGUGGCCAGAGGGAUGGUGCGUGAGGCUCACGCUAGCCUGGAGGUUCAGCAGAGCAGGCUGAAGGAGAUCAGAGACCGACUGGACAGAGUCUCCAGGGAAGAGGCACACUACCUGGAGCUGGCCACAAUGGAGCACAGACUGCUGCAGGAGGAGCGCCGCCUCCGGACAGCGUACGAGAACGCGGAGGGUUUGGAGAGGGAGAAGUUCGCCUUAUUUUCAGCAGCCGUUAGAGAAAGCCACGAGAAGGAGAGGACGAGAGCGGAGCGCACCAAGAACUGGUCCAUCAUCGGCUCGGUCCUCGGAGCCCUGAUUGGGGUCAUGGGAUCAACAUAUGUGAACCGAGUCCGCCUGCAGGAGCUGAAGAAUCUGCUGCUGGAGGCCCAGAAAGGUCCAGAAAGCCUACAGGAAGCCCUCAAAGUGCAGGCUGGAAACCAUCGGUCCCAGCAGGACGAGCUCCGGUCGCUCAUCGACAGCCUCAGAGUCACUCUGAGUGAAGCCUUCACGCAGAGGAGCGCCGUUAGCCAGGACCAAGAAGGCCCAGCCCCACACUCGCCUUCUGUGUCUCUUUCAGUGUUAAAAGACCUCCACAUAGGAAGCCAAAGGACCAAGUCCCUCCUGGAGUCCCUGCCACCGCAACUGGGACAACUGGAACACGGGCUCGGGAGAGUUGAGAGCGAAGUGUCAACAGUGAGGAAGCUGCUGGAGGCCAAACCGCAGCUUCAAACACGAGCUGGUCAGCCGCUCCACGAGAGACCAGCAAGAGCUGAGUCUGAGGCGGUGGUGAGGAGCCUGGAGGAGACCCAGAGGACUCUGGGAGAGAGAAUCAGGACAAACACUCUUUACAAUGCAGUGUUUGCCUACACCGCCACCGCCAUCACCGUCUCUGCUGUCUACCUGCUGCUCAGAGGACCUGGUUAGAUGGAUACCUCCAGUUUGAAUAUGUAUGCUUGUACUGGAAGGCUGUGAGGCACUGGGAGGAAUAAUCUGAGCAAAUCAAUGCAAAUUACAAACCACAGGAACUCAGUUCCUGUAAUGAAGUGGCUGCAGGUGUUGGUGUGGGUUUCUCAUCUACCUCUGCUGCUGACUGCACUGAUGAGGACGAUAUCAGGAGAACACAUAGAGCACUGUUGGUGUGUGAUUGUCAUGAUUGGAAGAGAACAGCUGAGCAGAAAUGAUGUUUGUUGUCUAAACUGAACAAACUGCUGAAUCAGAUUUCCCCAGAACAAAAACCCACAGGAAGCAUGAGUCAGGGUUAUUACAGUUUAAUUAACAGACCUCUGAAGAAUAUAAAUUAACCAAAGUGAUAACAAUGAGCUGAUCUAAAUUUAGACGUGUCGAAUCAGCCUGAAGAGGCUUUUUGGUGAACGUGUUUAUUAUUCUGAACAUCUUAAAUGUCUCCUGAGAUUCCACCUGUAAUAAUGAAAAAGACUAAAACAGAGACCUGACUCCACUCCAACACAUUGUUGAGGUGACUUAGUUUGAUUGAUUAGAUGAUGUAAGCUGAUACAUUCCCGGGGGCAUUAUCUGCUGCUUGUCACUUUGCCCGUAUUCAUUCUCUAUUAUUUAUCUUUAGCUGCUAAAUUUUCCACUACAUUUAUCUCUGUGUGGUGCUUUUAGAGCUUUCUGCUCAGAAAUCAGCUGCCUGCUGUGGCUGAAAAUAAAGCCACGAGGGCGGUGAGAGUGAACCACAGAGGGCUGCUAAACAAUGAGUAGUUCAGAAGUAAAAAGAAAAAUCAACACGUGUAGCUGUCCACAUCAAAUAUGAAUCGAAAUAACAUAAUCUAUUGGUUCUCCAAGUGAAGUGACUUUACUGAUGCAGAUAUGGGGCCAAGUUAUUCCAGUGCCAUGAGAGUUUUCAGCAUCUUUGUCAUCCUCAGCCUUGGAGCUCAUCCUCAGCUCUCCAGGCUAAAGCAGAAAACUGACACGAGCUGGACUUCAUUUUACUGGGAUUAGAUUUAGAUCUGAAAACCUGUAUUUUUGAUUUCAUGACAUUGUGUUUAAGAUCAGGAUCAACAGAAACAAUAAUGAGAACUGUUUUCAUUAAAG